GUUUUAGAAUAAACGUCGAAAUACUUAUUUCAAAUGCUCAAGGAUUCGGAUGAUAAAGACCAUGUAUAUGUGAAAGGCAAGCUAUCAGACACCCUGAAACUAAUUCCGCCCAUAUCGUGUAAUUGCUGAAGAUUUGAACUGCGGUCAUAUUCAUACAGUAUUUCCACACUGGUUGGGUAGUGGCUACUAUUUUACACAUUCCCUGUUUACGAGGGGCGAAGUGCGUCUGUCUGUAUGAUACGACAUCUGCUGACUUGCAUCAAUAAAACAUCAAAUCCAAAGCAGGGCGAACGCUUAGAUUUACGGAACAGAAGACGGUGAUUCACACACAGUCGAACAUGGCCCAGCUUCUAGAGUCUAUGCCCAGUGCCUCCACUGGACAGGUCGUGGUGACAGACCACUUAAAUUUCUGGGGUGGGUGCAGAGUUAAGCCCAAGGAUGGAAUUAACGCGGAGCCCGUCCACGAACCUGCAACUGGGCGUAAGCUGUGUGACAUGUUUCCAUGUGGGAAAGAGGAGGUGGACCAGGCCAUCCAAAGUGCACAUGCUGCCUACCUAAAGUGGAGCAAGAUGGCAGGCAUGGAGAGGGCCCGAGUUAUGCUGGAGGCUGCUCGCAUCAUCAGGGAGAGAAGAGACAACAUUGCCAAGUUGGAGGUGAUCAACAAUGGGAAGUCUAUCACAGAGGCCCGGGUGGACAUUGAUGUUUCCUGGCAGACCUUAGAGUACUACGCUGGCAUUGCUGGCACACUGGCAGGCCAGCACAUCCAACUGCCCGGAGGAUCCUUUGCUUACACCAGACGGGAGGCCCUGGGGGUAUGUGUGGGCAUCGGGGCCUGGAACUACCCCUUCCAGAUCGCCUGUUGGAAGUCUGCUCCUGCCCUGGCCUGUGGUAAUGCCAUGGUGUUCAAGCCUUCUCCUUUCACUGCUGUGACCGCCGUGAUUCUGGCUGAGAUCUACAAAGAGGCUGGGGUACCUGAUGGGCUCUUCAACGUGGUGCAGGGUGGGGCGGAGACCGGCACCCUGCUCUGUAAUCACCCCGGCGUGGCUAAGGUGUCCUUCACUGGCCGUGUCCCGACUGGGAAGAAGAUCAUGGAGAUGUCUGCGAAGACUGUAAAGCAGGUGACUCUGGAGCUGGGAGGGAAAUCACCCCUCAUCAUCUUUAAGGACUGUGAGCUGGAGAACGCAGUGAGGGGGGCGCUCAUGGCUAACUUCCUGACUCAGGGAGAGGUGUGCUGUAAUGGGACGCGGGUGUACGUGCAGAGAGAGAUCAUGCCUGUGUUCCUGGAGGAAGUGGUUAAGAGGACCAAGGCCAUCUCAGUAGGGGACCCUCUCCUGGAGAACACCCGCAUGGGAGCCCUGAUCACUAGGCAACACCUGGACAAGGUGCUGGGCUUUGUCAGCCAGGCCAAGACAGAGGGAGCAAAGGUACUCUGUGGAGGGGAAGCCUUUAUCCCGAUUGAUCCCAAACUGAAGGGAGGUUACUACAUGUCUCCCUGUGUCCUGGACAACUGCACAGACGACAUGACGUGUGUGAAGGAGGAGAUCUUUGGGCCUGUAAUGUCAGUGAUGCCCUUUGACACAGAAGAGGAAGUGCUGAAGAGGGCCAACAACACUACAUUCGGCCUGGCCUCUGGAGUCUUUACCAGGGAUAUAUCCCGGGCCCACCGGGUGGCUGAGAACCUGCAGGCUGGAACCUGCUUCAUCAACAACUACAACAUCAGCCCUGUGGAGGUGCCCUUCGGAGGAUACAAGCAGUCUGGUUUUGGCAGGGAGAACGGCCAGGUGACCAUCGAGUACUACUCCCAGCUGAAGACUGUGGUUGUGGAGAUGGGAGACGUGGACGAUUACUUUAGUUGUUAAAUUACCAAUUAAGUGCCAAGGAAAACCAAGACCUAUACGCUACUGUCCUUAAGAUGUUUGGUGUAUUUGUGCAUCUGAGGAAAGUAUCAUUGUUAUUGGUAGUUUAUAACAGGAAGUAACUAACAUGGCUGGUUUGUCAGUAGAAUGUGCAAGUAUGAAGAUGUCACCAAGUGCUAAAAAGCCUAGUCUUCACCCACUUGAUCAAUACAUUUUAUACUUUCCAUUUCAGCUGUGAUCCUAGCCAAAAAGUCAAUAUGAAGAAGCGUUCAAACGUUUCCCAUGGUCUGUCACUUUCUAGCACAUGUAUCUCACAUUUUGAAUAAACUUUUGUAAUACUCACAGUA